AUGAGUAAUGUUACCAACCAAAAUGGAACAGGUCUAGAGCAGCAGCUUGCUGGUCUGGACUUGCAGCCUCAGGCUUCUAAGGGUGCUGGCCGAUACAUACCUCCGCACCUGCGUAGGCAGUUGCAGGCCAACCCUUCUCAAGGAGAAGAGCCUAAGCGUCAAAGCUUAGACGUUCGUCCGAGUGAGUCACGGGAUAUCCGUUCAUCAUUCGGUGGCCGGGGUGGUGGUGGUGGUGGCGGUGGUCGACGCGACGACCGCGAACGUGACUACGACCGCGGCUACGACUCGCGCUAUCCGCGCAGGGAACGCGACCAAGGGUGUGGCGCAGGUCGUGACCAGGGCCACCAGAAUGGCGAGUCGGACCGCUGGGCGGAGUCGGAGAGGUGGGGCGAGAGGGGGGCGCGCGGGCGCGAGCCCCGCCGCGACGAGGACAGCGAGCCGCCGCCGCCGCGCAACGACCGCUGGAAGGAGCCGGAGCCGCGCGGGGGGGAGGAGCGCGCCCCGUCCCGCUCCCACGGCUGGGGCUCGGACGACGUGCGACGCUCGAGCUCUCGCAGGGACGAGAAUGACUGGACGAUCCCGCUACCUCGCGACGAGCGGCAGGAGUUGGAGCUGUUUGGCACUGGCAAUACAGGAAUCAACUUCUCCAAAUACGAGGAUAUACCGGUGGAAGCCAGCGGUGAUCGCGUGCCAGACUUUAUUACCAGCUUUGAGGAUGUUAACCUGACGGAAAUAAUGCGUUCAAACAUUAUGCUGGCUCGCUACGACAAGCCGACUCCAGUGCAGAAAUACGCAAUUCCGAUAGUUUUGGGGCAUAGGGACGUGAUGGCGUGCGCACAGACCGGUUCGGGCAAGACCGCCGCGUUCCUCGUGCCAAUCCUCAACCAGAUGUACGAAGCGGGCCCCGUUAAAGUACCGUUUAACCGACGCAAACAGUUCCCGCUGGGAUUGGUGUUAGCGCCUACUCGCGAACUCGCCACCCAGAUUUAUGAUGAGGCUAGAAAGUUCGCCUACCGUUCACGUGUGCGGCCUUGUGUUGUUUAUGGAGGCUCACCGGUGCCCGACCAGCUGCGCGAGCUGGAGCGCGGCUGCCACCUGCUCGUGGCGACGCCCGGUCGGCUCGUGGACAUGCUGGUGCGCGGGCGCGUCGCCCUGGACCACUGCCGCCACCUCGUGCUCGACGAGGCCGACCGCAUGCUGGACAUGGGCUUCGAGCCGCAGAUACGCAAGAUUGUCGAGUGCCACACCAUGCCGAAGACCGGCGAGCGGCAGACGCUCAUGUUCUCGGCCACAUUCCCCAAGCAGAUACAGGUGCUCGCGCAGGACUUCCUGCACAACUACGUGUUCCUGGCGGUCGGCCGUGUCGGUUCCACCUCCGAGAACAUCACGCAGAAGGUGGUCUGGGUUGAGGAGUCACACAAACGUUCAUUUUUGUUGGAUCUGCUGAAUGCCUCCAACCUGUUGCAACGUUCGCGUCCAGAGGAAGAUCAGCUCACCCUUGUUUUCGUUGAAACUAAGAAGGGAGCGGACCAGUUGGAGGAUUACUUGCACAGCGAGGGGUACCCAGUGACCUCUAUCCAUGGUGACAGAACGCAGCGCGAGCGCGAGGAGGCGCUUCGUCGCUUCCGCUCCGGCCAGACGCCCAUUCUCGUGGCCACAGCGGUGGCAGCUAGAGGUUUGGACAUACCUCACGUGCGCCACGUGAUCAAUUUCGAUUUGCCGUCCGAUGUUGAGGAGUACGUGCACCGCAUCGGUCGUACGGGCCGUAUGGGCAACCUCGGUGUUGCCACUUCCUUCUUCAACGACUCCAAUCGCGGGCUGGCGCGCGAUCUCGUCGAGCUGCUCGUUGAGGCUAAGCAGGAUGUGCCCAAUUGGCUGACGAGCACGGCGGCGGAUGGACGUCUCGGUGGCGGCGGCAGGCGCGCGGGCAGCCGCUCGGGCGGCGGCCGCUUCGGGGGCAGCGGCGCCGGCUUCGGCGCGCGCGAUUUCCGUACUCAGCCGCGCCAGCCGCCUCGCUCCGCUGGGCCCUCCUCCAUGGGCGGCUCUGGUUUCGGGUACGGCGGCGGCAACUACGGCGGCUCUUACGGUGGCGGCGGCGGCGGCGGCGGCGGCGGCGGCGGUGGCGGCGGCCAAGACUGCCCGCUCGAUAUGGCCCUCCAAUCGAUCCGCUCUCACCUGGCCAGCCCCGAGCGAUGCGGUGCGACGGAAGCGCGCGCGUGUUUUGGCCUUGCGGGCGUCGAAUCUCCCCCGCAU